AUGGCUUCUUCCACAAACCAACCUCUCAUAUACGCUCCAAAGAAAACCUCAGUUGGCUGCAAAAUCCUCAUCUACUCUGUAAUUGCAACAUUUGUUGUAAUUUUUUCAGCUGCUUUCCUUGUCCCAAAUUUGAUUACAAGAAGCCAAAAUGAUGUUUUAUACUUGUGCAGGACAGCCUUUGAUCCUGAGAAAUGUGAAAAUCUUGUCUAUGAAGUAAUCUCCAACAGAGAAAAAGGAGAAAAAUCCAUCGAGAGCAUUGAUAUUCUGCAGGAAUUCUUGAAGAAGUAUGCUCAUCAUAUGGAUAAUGCAGUUGUAGUUAGUAGAAAACUUAGGAAUCAGAUCAAUGAUGAAUAUGAGCAGAGGGCUCUAGCUGAUUGCUUGGAGCUGAUGGAUCUGUCAAUUGAUCAAGUGAAAGAUUCUAUGGUGGUUUUGGAGAAUCGAACAAGACUAUCACGUUCCAACGCACAAACAUGGCUUAGUGGGGUGCUUACUAAUCAUGUAACCUGCCUAGACGGUCUUAAAGUUUCAGGCAAAACGUCGAUUGGAGUGAUUCUUGAAGACUUGAUAUCCAGGGCCAGGGCAGCUUUAGCAAUGUCGGUAUUAGAACCCAGCAGGGAAAUGUUGUCUCGAAGGCUGUUGCCAUCAUGGAUCGAGCCGGGGGACAGGAAACUGUUGCAGAGUUCGGCCAAGGAUAUUAAGGCUGAUCUAAUUGUGGCUAAAGAUGGUACGGGGAACUACAAGAAAGUAGCGGAUGCUGUUGCCGCAGUCCCGGACAAUAGCAAGAAGAGGUAUGUGAUAUAUGUAAAGAAGGGAACAUAUAAGGAGAACGUAGAAGUGGGAAAGAAGAAAAAGAAGCUGAUGAUUGUUGGUGAUGGAAUGGAAACCACCAUUAUUACUGGUAGCCUUAAUGUUGUUGAUGGUUCCACAACCUUCAAAUCUGCCACUCUAGCCGCAGUCGGUGAGGGAUUCAUUUUACAAGACAUCUGCAUACAAAACACAGCCGGACCAGAAAAGCACCAGGCAGUGGCGCUUCGCGUCGGUGCAGAUCAAUCCGUCAUAAAUCGUUGCAAAAUUGAUGCCUACCAGGAUACUUUAUACGCACAUUCUCUAAGACAAUUCUACAGAGAUUCCUACAUCACAGGAACAGUAGAUUUCAUCUUUGGCAAUGCAGCGGUAGUUUUCCAAAACUGCAAACUCGUGGCUCGUAAACCCAUGAAAAGCCAAAAGAAUAUGGUGACUGCCCAGGGCAGAAUCGACCCGAAUCAGAACACAGGGACAUCAAUCCAGGAUUGUGAAAUCAUACCAAGUGCAGAUCUAGAGUCGGCGAAAAGUUCAUUCCCGACGUAUCUUGGUCGUCCAUGGAAGGAGUACUCGAGAACUGUCGUGAUGCAAUCGAACAUUUCAGAUCAUAUUGAUCCGGCAGGUUGGGCUGAAUGGAAUGGGGAUUUUGCUUUGAAAACUUUGUAUUAUGGGGAGUAUAUGAAUGGAGGAGCAGGUGCAGGGACUAGCAAGAGAGUGAAUUGGCCGGGGUAUCAUGUGAUUACUGACCCCGCUGAAGCAACGAAAUUUACUGUGAAAGAGAUGAUACAAGGCGGAGAGUGGCUGAGUUCUACUGGAGUGGCUUUCACUGAAGGAUUAUAA